AUGGAACCUAUAAUCCCUAAGAGACCAGUUAAAAAUACAACUCCAUCUCCAACUGAGGUGAAUACAUCCGAAAAUCAGGAAGCUAAAUUGGAACUGUCGACUGAUGGAUCACCUCCAAUAAUUCCUUCAAGACCAAAAUCGAAAAAAGCCAUCAAAUCAGACUCAGAAACUAACCGAGUCGAUUUGGAAUCAAAUGAUACCAGUUCUAAAGACGCAACAGUUGACCUCCAAACUACGGAUCCAGUAGCUGAUACCAACAUUAGCAUUGAUACCGGUUCGAUCGUUUCCGAUGAGCCAUUGAAAGACGGUGAGAAGACCCCAGGUAACUCAAAUUCCAAAACAUCUUUCAAAGACGUCGAUGAUGAAACAAGCUUUGAUGAUGAUGAGACCAUCAAAACUGGGCCAACAAACACAAGUGAAGUGAAUGAAUUCCUAGAAAACGAAUUGCAGGAUAAUGAUGUCCUUCAGGAUAUUGCUCAAACAGAAGACAAAGAUAGUCAAAAUGAUAAAGAUUCCAGUUUAAAGUGCAUGUCAGAGAUUCCAGCAAACAAUGCAAAAGUCACCUCGAUCGAAGAGAGUCCUUCGUCUGAUGAGAUUGGAGUCAAAGAGGAGUCAGAACUCAAUGAGAAAGGUGAUGAAGAUAUUGUACAAGCUUCAAUACUGAGUCAGGAUGAACAAUCUCAACAAACAGAAGUUGUUGAGGAACUGGUUGUUCUGUCUGAUAGUUUCCAGCAAGACAAGUCUCCUAUCAAUGAUGAAAAUCUCGAGGAAGAAACGGAGUCCAAGCAUUCAAUGCCGAUUAUUCCAAUGAGACCAAAGAAGGCCAAGCAACUUUCAACAGGCGAUUUGACCAAGAAUUCCUCUUCGGAUUCGGUACCAUCCAUCCCUUCAAGGCCAAACAAAAUGCCUCCACCCAAACCGAAAAAGUUAUCUUCAAAAAUUGCUGCAUUUCAACAAUUCUUGAAUAAUGAACCUGAGCCUGCUAAACCUUCCCCCAAGCCCAAAACAGAUACUAGAGGGAAACUCUCAUCCUCGCAUAUGAAAUUCGCUCAAAACUUACAAGGUAUCAUGGGCAAAGGAAUCCCCUUACCAGGUAUGAUGGACCCUCGAAUGAGGUCUAAUGAAUCGCUUGUUGAGGGGAAAGGAGUAGAAGAGGACGAUAAAUAUCCUGACAAGACUGGAGAUACUGGUGAAGCAACCGAAGACAAAGAAGAGAACAAACCCAUCAGAAGGGCUAAGGGCCCCAAAGGUAAAAGAUUACCAAAGAAUUUAUCAACUCCAGUCAAUAUCGAAAGUUCCAACAAAUUCAAAAUUGCCACUGGAGAUCUCUGGACAGUUGAGGUUAGACCGAAGGAACAAGUUGAGGUCAAGCUGGAAGAUAUGCCUGGCAUUGAAGGUGGUGAAAGUUCAGAAACUGGUAACUCUGAACGGAUGGCUGUCGAUGACGAAAAGCACGUGGAGGAUUCUAAGCCAGAUUCUCAUGAUGAUAUAGUAGAUGAAGUCGCAGCUAAUAAUGAUAAUCCCGUAGAAGCGGAUAAUCAGGAAUCACUCAGCAAAGAAGGAGGAAGCUUUGAAGAAGAGAACAUUACAGAAUCAAGAAAAGUGGAGAAUCUUGAUGAAGAAUUUGACUUCGGGACCCCAUCCCAAACAGAACCAUCAGAAGACUCGACAAAUUACCAGUCCAAAGAUCAAGAGAGUCUCUCUGCUUGCAAGAAGGAGGACGUCCCCGAAUAUGAGGCUAACGGACUCGAAACUGAUAUUCCACCUCAUGGGGAGGAAUCUGAUAAAAUUGAACCUUCAAUGAACUCAUCUCACGAAAUCAUUCAAAACUCCCCAGAUGAAAUCGAAUUGAAAGAAGAUGUAGAGAUUUCGAGCUGA